GUGUUGGCAAAUCACGGUGCACGUUGGGCGGGCAUUGUGAAGCUGUAGUUGAGUGUUAGCAGGCUAACUAGAGAAAGAAAGCUAACUAAUCGUGAGAGUGGAAGUGGAGCUAAUGUUGAAGGAAAAGGCAACUGUCAAAACAGCAAGGGGAGCAGACAUUUUAGUGGAGUGAUCAUUCCGUCAGAUGCCUCCAUGAACUGAUGUGUAGCUAGUUAAUCAAAGAGCGUGUUUGUCAGAUGCCCGAGGAGCAUUUUGGAUACUACAGCGAUUGUCCCAUUUCCAAACGGAAACCAUUUCUGGACAGACUGUUCGAGCUAGCUAGUUAGCUAGCUAAGUGAAUCAUCCAGGAGGCUUUUCAUUGUCACCUAAAAACCCUAAAAACUGAAUGUUUUGUCUGUCAUGAGUCCGGCCGGGUGCUCCCAUGUGAACGGCUAUAAGGUGGAUAAUUGGAAACAAAACCUUCGAGUCAUUUACCAAUGCUUUGUUUGGAGUGGUACUGCUGAGACCAGGAGACGCAAGGCCAAGUCGUGUAUCUGUCACAUGUGUGGCGCUCACCUGAACCGACUCCACUCUUGUCUCUACUGUGUCUUUUUUGGCUGUUUUACGAAGAAACACAUCCACGAGCACGCAAAAAACAAGAGACACAAUCUAGCGAUAGACUUAUUAUACGGCGGAAUAUAUUGUUUUGUCUGUCAAGACUACAUAUACGACAAAGAAAUGGAGCAGAUUGCCAAAGAGGAACAGAGGAAAGCCUGGAAAUUGCAAGGUAAAGCGUUUUGUUUUUUUCUCCCAGAGAACUUAAUGCAGCUUUUGAAACAAGGCCACCUGAUAUCUCAGUGUCGUCACGUUUGUAUUUCUUGUGUAUCCACAGGCAUAGGGGAGAAAUACACAACAUGGGAGCCGACCAAGAGGGAGCUAGAAUUAUUACGACACAAUCCAAAGCGGAGGAAAAUCACUACGAACUGUACCAUAGGUUUACGAGGGUUAAUAAACCUGGGCAACACAUGUUUCAUGAACUGCAUUGUUCAGGCCCUAACACACACGCCGCUGCUGCGAGACUUCUUCCUCUCCGACAGACACAAGUGCGAGAUGCAAUCAAACUCCUGUCUGGUGUGUGAGAUGUCGCAGCUCUUUCAGGAGUUCUACUCGGGCCACCGUUCGCCCCACAUUCCCUUCCGGCUGCUGCACCUGGUUUGGACUCAUGCACGUCACCUCGCAGGCUACGAGCAGCAAGAUGCCCACGAGUUCCUCAUCGCAGCGCUGGAUGUACUACACAGGCACUGCAAAGGGGACACCAUCAGAGACGACAAUGGGAAGAAGGCCAACAAUCCAAACCACUGUAACUGCAUCAUUGACCAAAUCUUCACUGGGGGCUUGCAAUCAGAUGUUACCUGUCAAGUUUGCCAUGGGGUUUCCACAACGAUAGAUCCAUUCUGGGACAUCAGUCUGGACCUUCCUGGCUCAUCGACGCCUUUCUGGCCCCUCAGCCCUGGAGGGGACGGCGGCACAGUCAAUGGAGAGAGCCACCUGUCAGGGUCCACCACUCUCACAGACUGCCUACGCAGGUUUACGCGGCCCGAACAUCUAGGAAGCAGUGCCAAAAUCAAGUGCGGCGGUUGCCAUAGUUACCAGGAGUCCACCAAACAGCUGACAAUGAAGAAGCUCCCCAUCGUAGCAUGUUUCCAUCUCAAACGGUUUGAGCACUCUGCUAAACUGCGGAGGAAGAUCACUACAUAUGUUUCCUUCCCCCUAGAGUUGGACAUGACGCCUUUCAUGGCAUCCAGUAAAGAGAGCAGAAUGAACGGGCAGUAUCAACAGACGGUUGAUGUAUUAAACAACGACAAUAAGUAUUCCUUGUUUGCGGUGGUCAACCACCAAGGCACAUUAGAGAGUGGCCACUACACCAGCUUCAUCCGCCAGCACAAAGACCAGUGGUUCAAAUGUGAUGAUGCCAUAAUCACCAAGGCCAGCAUUAAGGACGUACUCGAUAGUGAAGGGUAUCUCUUAUUCUACCAUAAACAGUUCCUUGAGUACGAGUAGUCUUUGUGACCACUGACCAUGAAGAACCACUGCUCUUCUAACGAGAGAGUCAAGGGACUGGGGACAGGAUGAAACACAAACACACAAACCUACCUGAAACUCUUUGACUACCAGUCUGCGCCUCCCACAAUGGAGGGCAAAAAAAAAAAAAAAGACGUGUGAAAUCAUGCAACCUUUCAAAAGAAGAAAAAAAAAAAAGCACUGAGCUACUUCUUGGCAUCUACUUGACAAAACUGAAUGAAGAGGAGAGAAGGUGGAGGAAGAGUCGGGCACCGUCAGUUCCAGGCUCGGGCACAGGGAAGAGGCCCCACACCCCUCUCUCUCUCUCUCUCUCUCUCUCUCUCUCUCUCUCUCUCUCUCUCUCUCCCCUCCCCGACCUGCUGCAGGGGCUGUCUGAGUGCAACUGACUGUCAUGUUGAUUGGGCACAUCUGGAUUUUUUUCUUACAGUAUUCUGACCCCCUCCACCCUGUACACACACACACACACACACACACACACACACACACACACACACACACACCCUCCAUUUCUCUCCCAUGGUGCUAUCGUUUCAACUGACCAAGCAUUUAACUUGAUGGAAGACAGUUUGUUUGUCAUAUGCAUAUGGGACUGAACGCAAAAAAAAAGAAAGAAGAAUAGAAUCGACGUAUUAUGAACUUUGCAAGAACAUUUUUAAAGGUUAUGAUUCUUAUCAUUUGUGAAUUUAGUUAUGAAAUACUGUAUGAAUCUAGUAUACAUCUAUUUUUUAAGAGCAAAAAAAAAAAUACAAAAAAAAAAAACAUGGGAGAGCUUAGAGACGCUGCCUUUGCCAGUUGCUGGGGAAGUGCUGCCAUGGAAACUAAGCAGAUUUGGACCUGAGUGUGCUCAUGUUCCAUUAUUUACUGUGUUGAUUGUUUUAUUUUUAAGUCUGGUUGAGGGCAGGGAAAAUCUAUUUUUUUUAGCAACUCAUUGAAUUUUUGUUUACUGUUCUUUUCAGUGUCUUUUUUUUUUUCAGUACAGUCAUGUGUCCCUCGCUGUCCUGGUACUGGAAAUAAUUUUUUUUUGGACGUAUUAUACUUUCAUUCUUGUGGAAUUGUUGGUAUAAUGAUGGUGACGGUGAUGGUUCAAUUGGCUCACCUUUGCUUUUUAUGAACUGUAUGUUGAAUGUGAGCUUUGGGUUUCGUAUGGCAUUCUGAAGAGAAGACUCGAUACAUGAACUCCAAAUGAGGUCUGAUAAUAUGUGAGAAUGCUGUGGUCUCUCCUCAUUAAACACCUUGGAUGCUCUGUGCAAAAAAAAGGAAAAAAAAGAAGCCCAUUUAACAACACUGCAUGCGACUUGGGCUCUCACGAUCUUAUAAUAUGUGAAAAAUUGCCCUCGGUAAUGCCUCAAGGCCUGCUGCCCAUCAUGAUUUUUGUUUUGUAGUUUGGGGCUGGGAAGACGAUCAUGUGAGAUAUAUAGAGGGUAAAACACAUUGCACGUAUACGGGCACUGUGCGACCACAGCCUGGCUCUGAAUCCAUCAGUGUUAAUCUUCUCCAUGGCAACUGUGUGGCUGGUGUAGACCGGUGUGGUUCGUGGUGUGUCUUGCCUCUGCAGUGCAGUAAACCCAGUGCUCUAUUCAAUCAGUAUGCUGUCAAGUCAGACUUUAGAUAAUGCACAUACACAUCAGGGUGUUGUGGUCUGUUUUGUUUGAAUAUCACUGAUUGUGUAUGUAUAAAAAAAAACACAGAAUUAAAAAAAAAAAAAUCACUCAUGUAUAAGAUGAGGGCCCUAACCUAUCACAGUAAUGCCACAUUAAAAAAAAAACCACAACCCCUGGUUGUUUAGCUGCUCUGUAAUUGAAAACAAACAUGCAUAUCCUUUGGUCUGCUGCAGAACCUCAGCUGGAGGGCUACGGCGGGUUUCUGAACAGUGAAGACUUGUGAAAUGGUCGCACAUUGUUUUGAUGUAUCAUGGAGCAGUUAAGGCCACCCAAGGACAUUCAGGGACGCAGCUGAAACGAAGAAGGAAGAGGAGAGCUUCAUUAUCCGUUUCAGUGAUUAAACUCAGAACAAAACUGGAAUGUGUAUGUUCUCUAUUUUGUCUCUUGCUCCAUUCACACCGCCCUUCCUUUGAACAUUAUUAUGUUCUGAAACUGAAGUGCUGAAGUAUAUUCCUGUCAACAAAGUAAUGUGAAGGAAACGGGAGCUUUUAUUUACAAAGCUGAUGUUGAGGAUUGUCAGUGCAAUGCAUUUGCAAACAUGAAUUUUCAACUAUAGCCUUUAUAAUAAAACCCAGACUGUGUUCCGAAA